AUGGCAGGAGCUGCGCCAAUGGACCUGGACGCUUUCAAGAAGCUCUCAAAGCCGAAGAUGAUUGAGGUCCUCAAGACGGUCCCAGGACUCAAGACUUCGGGCAACAAGCCCGCGCUCGAAAAGAUCUGGAAAGACCAUCUGGACUCGCUGCAGGCCCAGGACACCACUGCCGGCGCGGCUGUCGCUCACGAUGAAGCCGAGUCUGAAACUGCUCCAACCCAGGCCGGCGCCGCUGCUGAAGCAGAGGACACCGGCGAUGCUGCUCGUCAAGCUGAAGCAUCGAAUGAUCCCGCAGCGCCAUCCAACAACUCUCGAUCCAUGCUCGCUAGACUGACAACUCCGCGAACCAUUCGCCUCUCGAUGCGGCCCAUGGAGACGAUCAAGCUACUCGGCUUCAAGCGAAAGUUCAGGGCGAAGAAUUAUCCUGACGAUCUGUCCGAGUAUUUGGAGCCAGUCCAUCACUUCGCUGUGGUGCUUCGCGAAGCCCAAAACAAGUUCACUCUAAAGACUAGUCAUGCCGAGAACUUUGUGCAGCUCAGAAUGGAAGUCCUUGACAUGCUCCCCUCGAUUUCCGCUCCACCCGUGUUAGAGGAGUUCUUCGCAUCCUGGGGCAUCAAGACAAUUCACAGCAAGCGGGCUUCGCCUAGCAUCUUUGUGCGAGGAGAUAAAGAGGAGGACAGGCAAGUCCAGAUGGCCAUUGCCGCGUCCUUGAUGACUGCGCGGGGUGCUCUUGGAGACGCGGGUGACCAGGAGGAGGAAACCGCAGAUCAGGAAGAGGAGUUGAAGAAGGCCAUCCAGGAAGAGCUCGAUGCUCUCGUUGCAGCCGUUGAGUAUUCUCUGAACCGCUGGGCCGCGACGUUCCCAGCGCCCGGUCCGGCAGAGAUCCUCUGGCCGGUGGACUUUUCCGACGCAGAGAAGAAGACAUUGAGGGCAUUCGUGAGGGAGAAGCUCGAAGAGAAGAACAUUCUGGAGGAGCAGCUGUCGCAGGAAGAUCGGACGGCGCACAUUGACGACAUCUGGAACGCAGCGGACUUCCCGUUAGCCAAGGGAAAAGUCAAGAGCGUCGUGCAGGCGGUUUUUCUCGAGGUUCGCAACACGGCGGAGAGGAGCGAAAAGCGCCGGUCCAAGUCUGCAUCUUCGCGAGGCGGUUCUCAGAGUCGCAGAGGCAGCAUCAGCACAGUAGCAUCACGGUCGCCCGAACAGUCUCGCCGUGGAAGUCUCAGCACCCAUGCGUCCAUCUCGCCUGAGGCGCGCCGUCGCAGUCUGGUUGGCCAAACUCCUGACGACGUACAAGACACCAUCGAGACUCCUGAAGUCCCUGAUCCCACGGAGUCUGAAGAACAAGGCCAUGGCACUAAGAGGGCGCGCCCGGAGGAUAGCGAUGGCGAGGAUGAUAAUGACGACAUGCCUGUCAAGCGUGGCAAGCGCCAAAGCAGUAGCACUCGGGGCGAGACUUCUCGUGGACGCCCCCGUGGGCGUGCUCGUGCGCACUGUGGAGAACGGGGCUACGUGCUGACGUCGACUGAUGUUGAUUUUGCAGAUGGCAAAGUCAAGACUGUUCAGUACAACUCUGCAAAGAGCGGUAUGCAAACACAAUAUCAACGAUUAUAG